AUGCCUUCUCUUCCAUUUUCCUACACUGAUCCGCGAUCUUCAUCGAUCCCAGCUCCAUCAUGUACUUCGCCACCAGCGACCUUCGAGGAGUGGUGGUGCCGCCUCGAGGCCUUGAGGCGUCACACGCACGAGCUGCAGCGCCUGCUGCUGCAGGCCGCCCCGAACCCCACCUUCUUCCGCCUGCACGCCGACUUCUACUUCCUCCCACCCACGCUCGCCCCACUCGCCUGUCUCACCUCCUCCACCUGCUCAACCGCCUCUCCAUCUCCAUCUUCAUCUUCACCAUCUUCUUCAUCUUCUAACCUCAGCCUGUUUCCGCUCUACUCAACAUCCGCGCUGCCACCACCUCCGCCAGCACCCUCAUCGUCGACCUCGUCACCUACGCUGCACCAUCUCGAGGACGUGCUGGCGGCGCUGGCCUUUGACGCACCGCAGCUGCAGCGGUUCAGAGACGCCAGCACCAUGGCCAGCUGGUUCAAGCUGCAGCUCUCGGUGCGCAUUCACGGCGGCCGCGGCGUGGGUUCGGUCGAGGCUGCUCUGCGCAACGUCCUCCCUCGGCCACCUUCCUCUGCAACGCUGACCGAUCGGUCAUCGCCAGAUGGAGAAAGAGAGCGGUCGCUGCAUGCACUGUACCACUUGCAGAAGAAGCACGCCACGGCGUCGGGCGUCCUGAUCCUGCACCACGACAUCAACGCCCUCGUCCUCAUCCGCAUUGGCGACUACGACUAG